AUGGAAUUUAAAAAGUCACCUGAUGGUGGCUGGGGCUGGGUGAUUGUGGCUGUCUCCUUCUUUACUCAGUUUUUGUGUUAUGGAUCGCCGUUAGCUGUUGGUGUCUUGUACAUAGAAUGGCUGGACGCCUUUGGUGAAGGAAAAGGAAAAACAGCCUGGAUUGGAUCCCUUGCAAGUGGAGUUGGCUUGCUUGCAAGUCCUGUCUGCAGCGUGUGUGUCUCAUCUUUUGGAGCGAGAGCCGUGACAAUCUUCAGUGGCUUCCUGGUGGCAGGAGGCCUGAUGUUGAGCAGUUUUGCCCCCAAUAUCUACUUUCUGUUUUUUUCCUAUGGCAUUGUUGUAGGUCUCGGAUGUGGUUUAUUAUACACUGCAACGGUGACCAUCACGUGCCAGUAUUUUGACAGCCGUCGUGGCCUUGCCCUUGGCCUGAUUUCAACAGGUUCAAGUGUUGGACUUUUUAUAUAUGCUGCUUUGCAGAGACUUUUGAUUGAGUUCUAUGGACUGGAUGGAUGCCUGCUGAUUGUGGGUGCUUUAGCUUUGAAUAUAUUAGCCUGUGGCAGUCUGAUGAGACCCCUCCAGUCCUCUGACUUCCCUUUACCUGAGAAAACAGCUCUGGAAAAUGUACCAGAUAGGUACUUGAUUUACAAAGAAAAAGAAAAGGACCUAGAAGAAAACAUAAACAUGCUUGAAAAGAGCUACAGUGGGGAAGAAACAUGCAAGGGCACCUUAGCCAAUGGUGACUGGAAAUCAGAGAGUCUGCUUCAUAAAAACCCAACAACAACGGCACACACACAAGAGACUGAAAUGUACAAGAGGAAAGUUGCAGAACCGAAAUAUUUUUGCAAACAGCUUGCCAAGAGGAAAUGGCAGUUAUAUAAAAACUAUUGUGGGGAAACUGUGGCUCUUUUUAAAAACAAAGUAUUUUCAGCACUCUUCAUCGCCAUCUUUCUCUUUGACAUCGGAGGGUUUCCACCUUCGUUACUUAUGGAAGAUGCGGCAAGAAGUUCAAAUGUGAAAGAAGAAGAGUUUAUUAUGCCUCUUAUUUCUAUUAUUGGCAUUAUGACAGCAGUUGGUAAACUCAUUUUAGGGAUACUGGCUGACUUCAAGUGGAUUAAUACCUUAUAUCUUUAUGUAGCUACCUUAAUAAUCAUGAGCCUGGCCUUGUGUGCAAUUCCAUUUGCCAAAAGUUAUGUUACGUUGGCACUACUUUCUGGGAUCCUAGGAUUUCUUACUGGUAAUUGGUCCAUCUUCCCUUAUGUGACCACAAAGACAGUGGGAAUUGAAAAACUAGCCCAUGCCUAUGGGAUAUUAAUGUUCUUUGCUGGACUUGGAAAUAGCCUUGGACCACCAAUUGUUGGUUGGUUUUAUGACUGGACCCAGACCUAUGACAUUGCAUUUUAUUUUAGUGGCCUCUGUGUCCUGCUGGGAGGUUUUAUUCUGCUGCUGGCAGCCUUGCCUUCCUGGGAUACAUGCAAAAAGCAACUCCCCAAGCCAGCUCCAACAACCUUUUUAUACAAAGUUGCCUCUAAUUCCUCUAAUGUUUAG